UCAGCUUAGAUGAGAUGCAUAAAAAUGAUUGUGUUGGAGGAACUUCAGUAGAGUUAUGCUCAAUUACCUAUCUAGUCUGUCAGCUAGACAUUAGUUACAACAUCUCAACUAACAAGGCAUAUGAUUGAUUCGCAGGCAAAUGCAAAGCACGUAUUUUGGAAAAUGGCGUUAUCAUCUGGAACUUACAGUAACUCUGUAUAUAUCUUCACUUCGUUUUGCCUCUCUACUAAAGUUGCGUUCUCCUAAACUUGAGUACCUUUAUGGGAGCUUGAAGACAGUCAAGUAUUGCAAAUAAUUAGCUUAUUGGACACAGAAGUAAACGAUGUACGAAUUGUUGGAAUCCAUGUGAGAAAUGGCAUUGGAUAGACUGCCCUUGCCAAUAUUGUAUAUAAACAAAUCUCCCUUGAAUUUGGCACUUGCAGUUUUCUUGCAGCGAUUGAAGAAACGUUGCAGCAACCUGGUGAUUUUCAGUGUCUUCAAACUAAGAUGAUCUUUGAUAUUCUGAAAAGGGAUCUUGAAGUUGCUUCUGCUUUCAAAGGAGUACGAUUCUUGAAAGAAAUAUUGAGGAAUAUGAAACUUCUCCUUGUUCUCGAUGAUUUGGAAAAUGGUUCCCUCCUCAAAGAGUUUGUAGGAGCUAAGCUUGAUUGGUUUAGGUAGAAUAGUUGUCACCUCAAAACAAAGAAGCAUUCUUCAAGGCUUUGUUGAUUGAGGGGUGGCUCGUACUUAUGAUGUUAGUCCAAUGGAUGAUAAUCAAGCUUUAGACCUUUUCUGGCAAUAUGCAAUGGGAAUGAGUUACAAUCUACAUGCAUAUGUUGAAAUUGCAAACAAAAUAGUCAAGGCUACGGAAGGACUUCCACUACUUGUCAAAGUUUUUGGUUCUUUUUUGCAUGGUAAAGGACAAGAAGAAUGGAUUAAAUUCAUAGAUCUCGUACAACAAUUUCAGGAAGAUUACUAAAAGAUUCUGAGCAUAGUUUAUGAAGCAUUAGAUCAAAAGCAAAAGCAGAUGUAUCUUGAUAUUGCAUGUUUUCUUCCGGAUGUGGAUUGUAGGAUUGCCUCAUAUAUGUGGCAUGAUGAUGAUUGUCCUCAUGAUGGAAUCGAGGUCCUUCGUUGUAUGUCCCUAAUAGAAAUGGAAGAAAAUAAAAUAGGCGUGCACGGCAUGCUAAGGUGCCUUGCCAGGAAGAUUAUUUACGAAGGUUUCCAUGAUCCAAGAAGACGUGUUAGAUUGUACAUUCCUGCCAUAGCCCACGACACGAAGAAGAGGAAAAGGGGAACAGACCACUUUAACAGUACUAUGGCAGGCUUUGAGAUCCUACCAAGCACGGCAUUUCUCAGCUUGGGUCGUGCCAAUAUUUGUGGAAAACUCACAGAUGCCUUAAUGAACGUUCGGUGGCUUCACUGGCAAGGGUGCCCUCGAGAUUUUGAAGCAAUCGGCAUUCAUUUGGAGAACCUAGUUAUUCUUGAUCUUUCGUGGAGUAAGGUUACAGAAUCCUGGGGAGGUUGGAAAGGAAUUAAGGUGGUUUAUAGUUCAUUUUUUGUUACUUUUGUUUUGGCUUGAGUACAUUGAGAGUUCUACGCCAUCCAAGUUUUUUCCCUUUUUAUGCAGAUGAGGCAUUUGAAAGUCUUGAAUCUCACAGGUUGUAUGGACUUACUAGUUACCCCCAGCUUCUCUUGUUACCCAAAUUUGGAGAUACUGAUUCUUGAGCGGUGUUCUCGAUUGGUUCAUUUAGAUCCUUCGAUUGGUGAUCUAAAGCUCUUGGUUACCUUGAAUUUGGACUUUUGCUCCGAA